AUGGAAUCACCGGAAACACCAGUUGCACCAACACUUUUUCGCUCCCCUCAACCGAUGAUUAUAGGUAUAUCAAGUGGAACAAUGCAUACACCAAGCCGUAUCGAUUUGCAAAAGGCUUUGCUGUCGAAGACACUUGUCAAUAAUCCAUCAACUUCGCAUGCAUGUGAAUCAUUGAGUGAUAAUAUCCCUGAUCGGCCAGAAAUAUUUUCCCAGCCAAAAAGGAAAUCACGCUCUGUUGCUGACAUCUUCGCUAGUUUUAACACUGAUAACAAUGAUGUUCGAUUUCGUCAUGAUGAUCUGAAACCGCAGAAGUCAAUUGUGGUUGAAUCAAAUUAUGAUUACACCCCAAAACGAAAAGAUGAAUUGAAAUUGAAGCGUGGAGCAACGAUCAAAGUGAUACGUCGAGAUGGAGAAGAAGGUUGGUGGUAUGGCGAAAAAUUAGAUGGCAGUGGAAAGAAAGGAUUUUUUCCACAAAAUCAUGUGCAACUAGCGAAAGGUUUGGCGAAAGAAAUCGAUUCAAACGAUAUUAAGUUUACUGGUUUGCUGGGAGCCGGUGGUUUUUCAGUUGUAAAAUCAGCAAUUUACAAAGGAAGAGAAGUAGCUGUGAAAAUUCCACAUUCAAAAUUUAGCAAAAAAGAGAUAUUGGAAGCAGUUCGUGAAGAGGCCAGUAUUUUUCAAAUGUUGGAUCAUGGAAAUAUUGUUGAAAUGUAUGGUGUUAUUGUUGGCAAUGAACCUGCAUUAGUUCUCGAGCUUUGUAGAGAUUCAUUGGCAAAAAUAUGUUCUAGUAAGAAGAACAUAUCACUUUCGGAAGAAAUCAUAAGUAAUUGGGGCGUACAAGUUGCUCGUGGAAUGAGCUAUUUGCAUAGCUUAAAUGUUCUUCAUAGAGAUUUGAAAGCGGCCAAUGUCCUGAUCAAGGAAAAAGUUUGCGACUGUUUGUUGAAUGUGGAGGCGAGUACCGAUGAACAAUUGGCUCACUCACUACAAGCCAAGAAUGGUGUUUGCCAAAAGUGUGAUGGUUCUGCAUUAAAUUGUCUUACUUUAAAAAUUGCUGAUCUUGGUUUGUCGAAAAAGUUGAGAGUUGCUGAUUGCAGGAUGAGCGUUGUGGGUACGGUACCUUAUCUUGCACCAGAAGUAAUCCGUGAUCGUAAAUGUUCCAAAGCGAUGGAUGUUUGGAGUUUUGGUCUCGUUCUUUGGGAGGUAUUAACCGGUGCAACGCCUUUCGAAGGCUUGGGUCCUGGGGCAGUGCAAUUACAGAUUGGAACGUUCGUAAAACAAAAAAUCCCUUCGUCAUGUCCACCAGAUUUGAGGCUAAUAAUUGAAAGUUGUUGGCGUGACGAUCCACUGGAGAGGCCAACAUUCAAAGAAUUAAUUGUUGAAUUGAAGAAAUUUGGCGACAAAUUCCGAACAACGGAUCCACAUGAUCAGACAUUUUUGGAGAGCAGUUUGAACACGCUACGGAAAAGUAUGAUGGAAGAAAUAUCAGCAAUUGCAAGCGAAAUGGCUCGAAAAGCAGAAGAAUUACAAAAACGCGAAGAAAACUUAAAAAAAGGUGAAAGAGAAUUGAAGCUUAAAACGAUGAUUUUCGAAUUGCAACAGACGUUGUCAGAAAGGCCUCCAAAAGAAAAACCGCAACCACCAAAAAGACGCCAACAUCUGAAGUGCGAGGAUAUUUCCAAACCAUACGAUCUGAAAACUGAGAUUUCAUUAACGAAGAAUAUGCAAAUGAUCGAAUCUCUUAACAAAGAUGCUGAAACAGGAAGGGAUUUGAACGAUAUCAGAAUAAACGGUUCAACGGAUCAGUUAUCUGCGGUAUCUAACACUAAGCAUGUUGAAGAUACCUGUUUAGGAUUUGCUACACUUCCGCGAAUCCCAAAAAAAUUUACAUUGAAAAAUGAAAAUUUCGAUUGUACUAAAUGUCACCCAGUGCAGCAACGAGUACCAUCAAAGAGCACGCCGGAUCUUUUAAAGCUUUAUCGCCUGCCAGUUCAUAACGCAAGUCCGAAGUUGAAGCGUGUCAAUGCGUGUAAAGUAAAACGUGACUCAGUUCGUACUGGUGCUGAGGAAGAGGUGGACGAGCGGUGUGUGGAAGUUAUAAAUGAUAAAGAUCUGGAAAGUCUUCUUGAAACUACUCAUCAGCAACCAAAAACUUUCUUGGAUCAUUUAGCAACACCACGGCGUGUCGUACAAUUACCACCACCAACGAAGAAGUUGGCUGCCGAUCAUCACAUUAGGUCCAAUUCGACAACUGAUGAGCGAACACGGUCUAAAUUAAACAAAGAAGAAGAUCGUGGAUUCUUUCGUAACAUUUUCAAACGUGAUACUAAGGGUCGAAGUGGACGAGUUGCUGGAACACUGCCGAAAUCCAUGCUUGUACGAUCACCUUUGGGUCCAUCUACCAUCGGAUCAUCCACAAUUUUGAAACAUGUGACACCGUCCAAACAUACUAGAAUAAAAAGCCCAACGAAACCAUCAUUAUUAAAAGCUGGAAAGAAGAAAAAAUAUUCAGCUGAUGCACAAAGUGACAAAUAUGACUUGACCGAGAAUUCGAAAACAUUUGUGAAAUGUGGUGAACGGCGAAUCAAUGUUACUUCAUCGCAAACUAGUGCUGUAUAUCCGGUUAGCAGCAGUCCCAUGUCAGUUUAUUGUUCGGCCGAUGAAUUAUACUGUGGAAAACGAGCACCUUAUGAGAAAUUAUUGGAAGCGUCAGAUCCAACAACUAUGGAAAAUCCAUUAUAUAUUCUGCCAAGAAAUUUUCCACCACGUGAUCGGGCAUCGACAUCUACAUCUCGGAUUUUCUUCAGCGGAACUCCUCAACGUACCUCUAAAAGUCCUUCUAUUUCUACUGAUGACCGGUUUAGUAACAGUGGUCUGAAUACAAUUGAAAAUCUUUCAUAUAAACCGCCGAAUGAAAUGAAUGUUUCACGCAAUACCAUGACGCAAAUUACCUUGGAUAGUCCUGUUGAGGGAGGUAUAGAUAUGAAUGCUACAAAGCGUUCGUUCAAUUCACUCAAUAGUGAAACUGCUUCAUUUUGUGAAGAUUCAUCAUCACAUGGUGUAGUAUUAAAUGCUAGCGAUUUAUAUAUGCCUAUGUCAAGAAUUGAGCAAAAUGUGUUAAGUGUAUCCCCGCGAUUUUCUGACCAAUGUAGCGAUCAGAAAGGAAAUUAUGUUCAUGAUGAUGCAGUUCAUUAUAUUGUUGAUAGUGCACAGGUUGGAUGUGAGCAUCCACCUGAGAUGCAGGCACCAAUCUUACCUGGAGCAACUGUUGGAUAUCGACCACAACGACCGUACACAUUGGAUCUCACUUCGCCACUCACUCCUGCUGAAAGUGGGAUAAGCACUGCAGGAAGUUCAUAUCGUAGUUUUUCAAGUACCGAUCAAGGACCACAAGAUCAUGCUCCACCACCUUGUGUGGAUUCCGCUCCACGCCUGGCCCCACCGAUACCACCAAGAAAUAAUUCAAGGCGCCCUGAAGAUGAAGCUACAGCUUUGCAACGUCAACGAUUAAGUCCUGUUUCGCAGUCACCUUAG